UCUUCCUCCCGUGUCGCUUCACUAGGCGGAGGCGUCAGUAGAGACGGGGAGCAACCCGAGCUGUGUCAGUAUCCGCCGGAGUUCAAGCGAAAACCCUUUAAAAACACACACUCGGUCGGAGAGCUGUAUCAUAAACGGAGUCGUUUGGGUUUUGAGUUUAUACCUCGAGUGCAGUUUUAAGCGCUGAGGCAGUAAAAGUCCCUAAAAACCGCGAUAAUCAACAAUACCCGAGGAGCAGUGUGGAGAGAAAAGACGGCAUCCGGCCUGCGAGAAAGAAGUAGCCGAGGGCUGGUCCUCUGGUCUAAGCGGCUCUUUUAGUUUCUGGCCUCAAGUGCCUCAGAGGCCCAUGGAGAAGAUGAAGCGGUUUAAGAGGCGUUUGUCGCUCACGCUGCGUGGCAGCCAGACCAUCGAUGAGUCCCUCUCGGAGCUCGCCGAGCAGAUGACCAUCGAGGAGAACAGCAGUAAGGACAGUGAGCCCAUAGUGAGGAAUGGACGGCCGCCCUCGUCUCAUAGCAUGCACUCGUUCUUGCACCAGUACACAGGCUCGUUUAAGAAGCCUCCUCUCCGCCGGCCUCACAGCGUCAUCGGGGGCAGCUUGAGCUCCUUCAUGGCCAUGCCACGCAAUGGCAGCAGACUCGAUAUAGUCCACGAGAACCUAAAGAUGGGAUCUGAUGGUGAGAGUGAUCAGGCAUCAGGAACAUCUUCAGACGAGGUUCAGUCACCCACUGGAGUGUGUCUCCGCACCAGGACACAUCGCCGCAUAUCCAUGGAGGACGUGAAUAAGCGCCUGUCUCUACCUGCUGAUAUUCGGAUUCCUGAUGGUUAUCUGGAGAAACUGCAGCUGAGCAGCCCCCCCUUCGACCAGCCACUCAGCCGCCGAUCACGCAGGGCCUCACUGUCAGAAAUUGGCUUUGGCAAACUGGAGACCUACAUCAAACUGGACAAGCUUGGAGAGGGAACAUAUGCCACAGUUUUCAAAGGCCGGAGCAAACUGACGGACAACCUGGUAGCUUUGAAGGAGAUCCGGUUAGAGCACGAGGAAGGGGCACCUUGCACAGCCAUUAGAGAGGUUUCAUUACUGAAGGACCUGAAGCACGCCAACAUUGUUACGCUUCAUGACAUCGUCCACACAGAAAAAUCCCUCACACUUGUCUUUGAGUACCUGGAUAAGGAUCUGAAGCAGUACAUGGAUGACUGUGGGAACAUCAUGAGCAUGCACAAUGUUAAGAUUUUCCUGUUUCAGAUCUUGCGAGGACUGGCAUACUGCCACAGACGUAAGGUUCUGCACAGGGACCUGAAGCCACAGAACCUCCUCAUCAAUGAGAGAGGGGAGCUCAAGCUGGCAGACUUUGGUCUGGCCCGGGCCAAAUCUGUCCCCACUAAGACCUACUCAAACGAAGUUGUAACUCUGUGGUACAGACCUCCCGAUGUGCUGCUCGGCUCUUCUGAAUACUCCACGCAGAUCGACAUGUGGGGUGUUGGAUGUAUAUUCUAUGAGAUGGCUGCUGGUCGGCCACUUUUCCCAGGCUCCACAGUGGAGGAUGAACUGCAUCUUAUUUUCAGGCUAUUGGGUACACCAACGGAGGACAACUGGCCAGGAAUCUCAUCUAUCGAGGAAUUCAAAUCCUACAACUUUCCCAAAUACAAACCACAGCCCUUCAUCAACCAUGCACCGAGGCUAGACACUGAAGGAAUUGAGUUGUUGUUGUCAUUUCUUAAGUACGAGUCCAAGAAACGAAUUUCUGCUGAUGAUUCAAUGAAACACUCUUACUUCAAGAGUCUGGGCAUGCGCGUGCACACACUGCCUGAGAGUAUCUCUAUAUUUACACUGAAAGAGGUGCAACUACAGCGAGACCCUGGCUACCGGAAUGCCUCAUACCCCGAGACAGGAAACAGCAAGAACAGAAGACAGAGUAUGCUGUUCUAAGCACUGGCUCUGACAAACACACUCGCACAAGCAUACACACACACGCGCAUGCACACACACAAGCACACACAGUGGAUCAGGAUGAUGGCGUUUGCUCAGCAACUGUCUUGUACAGACUAACAGACUAGCCUCCCUACCCUCUUUAGUCAGUGUGUGUGUGAGGGUGAACGAUGGGUGAGGGGGACUGACCAGUCCGGCUCUUUCCCAUCCUCCUGUGUCCAGCAUGCAGCCAGUCCCAGUGACAAAACACAGCGACGCCCCUGCCCCAUGUCCGCUUCCUCAAGGCAACACAUUGGAGUUUAGACUGUGAGAUGGGAGCGUGUAUAUAUGUGUGUAUGUGUGUAUUUAUUGAAAAGGUCGUUGGGCUUUUUUUUUUGCUGCUAAUCAACUACUGUCUCCUUGUAACCUUCCCUACUCUCUGGCAGCCUUCCUGGUUGCGGACACAUCAGUACUGCCGUCAAGGAUUUCUUUUUUUUUUAAAAUAGUUAUUAUAAUUCUGGAUAUAAUUAUGUUAAUAAUGUUCAUAUUGCAAAUAUCAUGUUUGUUAUUGGCCACAUUUUGAAUUGCAUCCUCUUUUUUUUUUUUUUUUGGCAUGGUUAUUAUGUAGAAAUAAUAGUUCCUACACACUUUGUAGAAGCUGUACAAAAACUCCUCACUCCCAUUCCAAUCUCCAAAGCUCACUUUGACAUUUCAGAUGACCCAGAGCCUGGAGAAGAGACCCUCCUCCUCUUUGUCAGUGAGGCAUGAAUGCAGCAAGUGUGUAGCUCGUUCAGGGAGACGAACUCACUGGUGUUCAGCCUGGUGAGAGAGCGCUAAACAGCUUUUUUUCGACUCAUUUGUGACUGUCGCCACGUUCAGUCAGCAUUGUGGAGCAAGCCGUGAUGUCGGGGUGGAGGACCAAGCUGUGAGAGGGGGAUCAAAACCACUGGACCAGCAGUAAUCACGUGAUCUUUGCAGAAAUGACUGAAGACCUUCCACACCUUCCUCUUUGAGCAAAUGUUCUCCUUUAGUGUCAUUCUACUUAUCCAUUUCCUCAGUGAAAACUUUCUGCCUGGACUGAAGUGCUUGUAUGAUUUUUUUUUCCCUUUGAGAGCAACUUAUUCUAAUGCAUCAUCAGUGAUUGUACAAAAAUGAUUCAUCCCAGAUCUCUGUAGCAUUUGUUUAUUUGUGUGUGUGUCACAGUGUAAGAGUGUAAGAGAGUGAGUGAGUGAGCGAGCGAGCGUGUGUUUGUAAGAGAUCAUGGAGAUCAGAUUGUACAGAACCUUGUUGCACCAUGCUUGUAAGUUUUCUGAAGAUGCGUUAGUUUCAUUAACAGUAUUAAGACAAUUUUUUCUAAGUUACAUUUUGAUUUGUCUGUGAAUAAUAGUAUAACAGUGUGGCAUGUUGGAGUCCAACUGUCUCACAUUCAUUCUUGAAAUUUCUUUAUUUAGAAAAAAACGAGUGUGACAAAUACAGGAACAAAAACUUGGCUACAUCGGACCAACACUUUCCCCACCAAUAUUUGUACACAUGAAGAAAAGAUUCCAGACAGAGAUUUUAGAUUAAACAGACUAUAUUGUUUUUGAACUGACAUCACUCUUGAUUAAUAUUGUAAUUUUGCAGUUGACUGUGAUUGGAGAAGCGUGUGUAUGUGUGUAGAUGCAUGGAACGCCUGGUGUCUUGUAAACCUCGCCUCUGUGGAACACUGACGCUCUCAGUUGAAUGUCAGCUGAAUUGACCAUUUAACUCUUUCUACUGCAGAUAUUUAUUUCUCUUGAUCAGUGAAGUAAACAUGGUCUGUUUCCUACGGAA